AUGUCGCGUCGCAUCCACCGCUGGAUUAAUGCUGAUUACGCCAAUAUCGGACUGCGCAAGGAUAAAGAAGACCAAGCUAUGAAGGGGGUGGCAGGGUUUCAGAACGGGAAGCCAUAUGAGCCGGGAAGCCUCCCGCUGAAGUCAAUGAUUACGAAGGUUACACUAAUGUCGAAAGCUGUGAAGUUUUAUGGUACAAAGGACAAGGCGGUAGAUAUCUUCAACGUCUCCGACGGCAGGAACGGGGACACGGAGAUGGGAGAUAGUGGUGAGUCGUCUACGUCCGGAGAUACCCGCGGCAACACCGCGGAGAAUAUGACAGCCUCUACAGCAGGGGUUACUCGCGGUUGGAUUGGUCAAGUGGUAUCUCCAUCUGCUGCAGAUCAACUCCUUAAACAGAGCUUUGCCAUCUUUAUUGCUAAUUUUAGAAGGCCUUCUAAGCUUCAUAUUUAA